CCUCUUCUCCCGAAUAUUGAAGUGCUUACCAAUGAUAGUGACAGCAAAAGUAGUGAGGAUGAUCUAAUUUACAACAUAAGUGAUCUUGAAGAACUUAUAGCCCUCAAAUUUAGAGAAUAUGAAGAACUAGAAACCAAUGUUAGUUUUUCAGUAAUCGUAAAAAUUGAAAAUGAAACGUGGAUCAAGAAAUUUUGUCUUUGGAACCUGGUCAAGAUAUAG